AUGCAAACCAUCACGCUGGAACCGGAGCAAUUGGCCUGGGGAAAGGAUUUUGCCACCUACCAGGAGGCUGCCAAGGUGCUAUCAAUCCUUGGAAACAGCCCCCGCAGCCUGGAAACUGGCAUCGUUGAUGUCGAGGUCCGGCCUGUUCCAGUGGCCAUCAAACCCAAGGGGACCGCUACUGCGGACCUGGGAAUGAUCAGUCGUCUCCCGAACGAAGUCGUAGACAUGAUCAUCAACAAACUCGACCUGCCUAGUGCUAUCAGCCUGUCAUACGUCAACCGCAUCGCCAAUCACUAUGUGCAGAAAAGCGCGGUUUCCCUCCUGCGGCAGUGGGCCCCCGGCCUGCCGAAGAUUCUCAUGAACAUCCAGAGCCUUAAGAUCUGGAGCAUUCACGACCUGAAAGAGGCAAUUAUCCGUGAGAAGUGCGUCAUGUGUGGCAACUCGACUGUCCAGCUCUACCUUCCUACCAUGGAGCGUAUCUGCCACCCAUGCGUGCACAACAACCAUGCAUACUGGUGCCUCCCCUUGGAGCGCGCAGCAAUGAUCUUUGGCCUUGACCUGCCCGAUCUGAUUGGUCCCGAAACCGUGUUCCUGCCGCGCCUGGGCAAGGAUGAGGAUGACAUGGAUUUGGGUGAUCUUGGUGCCUGGGUUAUUCCUGUCAAGGUGGCGCUGACCAGAGCCCUGGAAAUCCAUGGCUCCCGCAAGGCCAUCAAGCGUGCUGCGGAGGGCCUGUUCGGUUCUGACGACGACGAAGCCAACGAAUACGACGAAGAUGGUUCCGAUGACGAAUUCACGGUCGUAAACCAGCAUGAUAUUUAUCGCGCUGUUUCCCUGGACACCCCUAACGCUGUCAAGAUGCGUUUCCUCAUCUCGUUGGGAAACUGCAAUCUGCAUGCUUUCCACCAUGAAGUUUCCUGCCGGGUGCCUGUCGUCAAUCGAAACAAUACGCGCAAAAUUCUUUACGCGUGCCGUGGUUGCACUGCCAUGCUCACGCACCCCCAAAUGGAGACCAUUUCCAACACCCACAUGGAGAUGAUGCAACUUGAUCCUGCUCUCGACAAGUAUGAGCGAUCCUUCGAGAUCUUCCGUCGCGCCUUUCAUGUGCGGACCAUGGCCGAGAUGGUUGAGCAUGUUCGAACCGAGUGCAUUGGGGGUUGGUUCCUGCUGCAUGCUGAGGGUCAGAAUAUGUAG